AUGAAAAAUGACUUUCAAAAAAAAAUUGAUGAUAAUGAUAAAAAAAAUUAUGAACAAUUAUUGGAUGAAUAAAUAACUUUGUGUUAGGAUGAAGAGAAUUGUAAAUACAUUUUCAGAAUAGAUAAUUAUAGAUAUGAUGAAAAGUAGAAUAAAUUUAUAAUUAAUUACAAUUUCAAAGAGAUCACAUAAAAUAUCAGUUAAGAAGCUAAAUCCUUAUCUUAAGUAUAGCUUAAGACUUUAGAAGAAAAACUUAAUAUUUUUGAUUAACUGCUUGAAUUAGCAGAGUUUUUAAAAAAGAAAAAGAUCAUACAUAAUAAUAUUAAAAAAAAUAAUUUGAUUCUUUAUAACAAUAAAUUAUAUCUCACAGAUUUUGGAUAUCUAUAAGAAUAAGAUGAAUCAAAUAUUUUUAUGGAUCAAAAAAAUUUUGUAAGAACGCUUAAUCAAGAUUAGUAACGAUAGAUUUAUCCAUAUUAAAGUUAUGAACUUUUAGAAAUUUUGAAUAAGUAUUAUUUACAGAAUGAGGAAUUAAUGGAAAAAUUAGAAUAAAGAACUUAAAAGGAUAUUUAAGUCAAUGAUUAACAUGUAUUAACAGUUAUGAUGUUUGAAAUAUUUUAUUAUUUUGACAAAAACUACUAAUAUAAUUUAUAGAAUUCUUUAAAAUGCUCUAAAAAAGCAGUUAGAAAAAAUUAGCUUUAAUGGAUGAAAGAAAGAAAUCAAGAUGUGUAAGAUUAUAUACUCAUAAUAAUAUAAUAAAUACUGAAAAAGAGAUUUAUUAUAGAUAAUGAAUUAUUGGAAAAUUUUCCAAAAUCUUUAUCAGGUUGUAUUUUUUAAAUUGAUAGAGAAAAAUUAAUAAAUAUUGACAAUUAGAAAUUAGUUUAAGAAUACUUUGAAAAUAAAAUUUUAGAAUUUGAUUAGGAAUUAUUAUAUUGUUUUACUUAUAAAGAACUUUAGCAACUAUAAGGUCAAAUCUAAAAUCCAUAAAAUUAAUUCGAAUAAGAUUUAAAAUAAGAAAUAGAAAAAAUUUAAAAACUUUAUGAUAAUAUUGAUAAUAAGUAAUUGAAUAAGGAGAAUUUUUAAUAAUUAGAAUUAGAAAAAUAGUUCAUUUGUUUAGUUUAUUUAGAUCAAAAAAUAGAUGAAUUUGAUUUUGUUAAAAAUCAAGACCAAUCUUAAGAAGUAAAGAAAUUAUUAGACUAUUAUAAUUUAAAAUAAGAAUUAAAGGAAUUUUAUACUUAAAUAAAUAAGAAAUAAUAAAAUUUUAAAUUUAAUCGUCAAAUUAAAAUAAAAAGUAGGAUCUAAUCUGAGCCUCCUCCUCAAUAAAUCAAUCAAUCUUUAUAAUAAUCCUAAUUAAAUCCGCUCUAUAAAAUUGAUAGAGAAAGAUUAAUAAAUAUUGACAAUUAGAAAUUAGUUUAAGAGUACUUUGAACAUAAAAUUUUAGAGUUUGAUUAAUAAUUUCUAUAUUAUUUUACUUAUUAAGAACUUUAGAAAUUAUUAAAUCAAAUCUAAAAACAAUAAGAUUAAUUCGAAAAAGACUUAAAAUAAGCAAUAGAAAAAAUUAUGGAAAAUUAUGAUAAGAUUGAUAAAAAUAAUUUUAAUAAGGAGAAUUUUAAAGAUUUAUCAUCAGAUGAAUAGUUCAUUUGUCUAGUUUAUUUAGAUUAAAAAAUUAAUGAGUUUGAUAAUAUUUAAAAUCAAGACUAAUCUUAAGAAGCAAAGAAAUUAUUAGAUUAUUAUAAUUUAAAAUAAGAAUUAAAGGAAUUUUAUGAUGAAGUAAAUCAUAAAUAAUAAAAAGAUUUUAAAUUUAAUUCUAUAAAGAUAAAAGUGAAGAUCUAACAAUAUAAAAUUAAUAAAGAAAAGUUAAUAAAUAUUAAGAAUAAUAAUAAGCAAUUAGCUGAAGAAUAAAAUGUAAAUGAAAUUAAAAAAUUUGUUUAGCAAUUACUAUAUUAUUUUACUUAUAAAGAACUUUUGUAUAUACUCUCUCAAAUAUAGGAACAAAAAAAUAAAUUCGAAAAAGACUUAAAAUAAGCAAUAGAAAAAAUUAUGGAAAAUUAUGAUAAGAUUGAUAAAAAGGAAUUUAAUAAGGAGAAUUUUAAAGAUUUAUCAUCAGAUGAAUAGUUCAUUUGUCUAGUUUAUUUAGAUUAAAAAAUUAAUGAGUUUGAUAAUAUUUAAAAUCAAGACUAAUCUUAAGAAGCAAAGAAAUUAUUAUUAGAUUAUUAUAAUUUAAAAUAAGAAUUAAAGGAAUUUUAUAUUUAAAUAAAUAAGAAAUAAUAAAAUUUUAAAUUUAAUAAUCUUAUAAAUUAAAGGUACUAAUAUUUAAUUGAUAAGGAAAACUAGAAUAUAGUUUAAGAGUACUUUGAACAUAAAAUUUUAGAGUUUGAUUAAUAAUUUCUAUAUUAUUUUACUUAUUAAGAACUUUAGAAAUUAUUAAAUCAAAUCUAAAAACAAUAAGAUUAAUUCGAAAAAGACUUAAAAUAAGCAAUAGAAAAAAUUAUGGAAAAUUAUGAUAAGAUUGAUAAAAAUAAUUUUAAUAAGGAGAAUUUUAAAGAUUUAUCAUCAGAUGAAUAGUUCAUUUGUCUAGUUUAUUUAGAUUAAAAAAUUAAUGAGUUUGAUAAUAUUUAAAAUCAAGACUAAUCUUAAGAAGCAAAGAAAUUAUUAGAUUAUUAUAAUUUAAAAUAAGAAUUAAAGGAAUUUUAUGAUGAAGUAAAUAAUAAAUAAUAAAAAGAUUUUAAAUUUAAUUCUAUAAAGAUAAAAUUGAAGAUCUAACAAUAUAAAAUUAAUAAAGAAAAGUUAAUAAAUAUUAAGAAUAAUAAUAAGCAAUUAGCUGAUGAAUAAAUUGAAAAGGAAAUUUUAGAAUUUGUUUAGUAAUUACUAUAUUAUUUUACUUAUAAAGAAAUUAAGAAUAUACUCAAUCAAUUCUAAAAUCCAUAAAAUAAAUUCUAAAAAGAUUUAAAAUAAGAAAUAGAAAAAAUUUAAAAACUUUAUGAUAAGAUUGAUAAAAAUGAAUUUAAUAAGGAGAAUUUUAAAUAAUUAGAAUUAGAAGAAUAGUUCAUUUGUUUAGUUUAUUUAGAUCAAAAAAUUGAUGAAUUUGAUAUUAAUUAAAAUCAAGACCAAUAUUAAGAAGUAAAGAAAUUAUUAGAUUAUUAUACUUUAAAAUAAGAAUUAAAGGAAUUUUAUGUUGAAAUAAAUGAUAAAUAAUAAAAAGAUUUUAAUUUUAAUAAUCUUAAAAAGUAAAGGUUCUAAUAUUUAAUUGAUGAGGAAAAAUAGAAUUUAGUUUAAGAGUACUUUAAACAUAAAAUUUUAGAAUUUGAUUAAUAACUUCUAUAUUAUUUUACGUAUAAAGAAAUUAAGAAAAUACUCAAUCAAUUCUAAAAUCCAUAAAAUAAAUUCUAAAAAGAUUUAAAAUUAAAAAUAGAAAAAAUUUAAAAAUUUUAUGAUAUGAUUGAUAAAAAUGAAUUUAAUAAGGAGAAUUUUAAAUAAUUAGAAUUAGAAGAGAAGUUCAUUUGUUUAGUUUAUUUAGAUCAAAAAAUUGAUGAAUUUGAUUGUGAUAAAAAUCAAGACCAAUCUUAAGAAGUAGACAGAUUAUUAGAUUAUUAUAAUUUAAAAUAUGAAUUAAAGGAAUUUUAUGAUGAAGUAAAUAAUAAAUAAUAAAAAGAUUUUAAAUUUAAUAAUCCAAUUAAAAUAAAAUACGGUAAUUAAUUUUUAUAUGAGUAUAUCAAUUAAAUUACACUUAGAUUGUAAUCUGAUAAAUAUUUAGUUUAAUAAGUGGAUUUAAAUAAUAUGAUUUUGAAUAUUCCAAAUCAGGAAUAAUAAUAAAUUGAAUUUAAAUAAAUUAAGUAAGAUAAAAAUACGUUCUAAUUUAUUAUUCAUAAAUUUUUCCUCUAAAAUGAUUUAUAUUAUUGUAAGUAUCUAGAAGUUAAAGAAUAAAAGAGAAAUUUUGAACCAAUGGUUAUUAUGAACUUUAAUUUAAUAAAAGAAUAUAGAUUUGAAGAUUAUAACUCAAAAGUAAGAUUAAUUGAUCACAAAAAAAAAUUCAAAUAUUUUGGAGAAUAUUAAUUAGAUGAACAAGGAGAAAUUAAAUUCAAUGGGCAAGGUACUAAAGAAAUAUUAGAAAAGGAUAAAGAGAUACUUGAAACAGGAUAAGUAUUUAAAGUUAAGGGAAAUUUUAAAAAUAAUUAGUUGAAUGGAAAAUCGAUCACUUUUUAUCAUCACUAUGAUGAAAGUAAAAUAACUUUUAGUAUAGGAGAGUAUAAGGAUGGGUAAAUGUCUGGUCAACAUAUACAUUAUCCUGUAAAUGAUCAAAAAAUAUUAAAAACAACUUAUCACUGGAAGUUCCUAAAAUAUUUUAAUUAUUAUUUUGAAACCGGUUGA